AUGCUGCUUGUUGGUCUCGUCAUGGAGGAUGGUUGUACUUGUGCAAUGGAACUGGAGUGCUCUACAUGGAUGGAACAAAUGGUGUUGGUGGUAGUCGGUGUGUGUGUGCUGCUGUUGGUGGUCUUCUGCUGCUGUUCAUGAUGGAUCACUGCGCAGAUGCUUCAUAAUCUGUUGAGAUGUGUUCAACGAUCUGGAGUGUUCUACAUGGACACUGGAGCAGAUGGAUGGUGGUAGUGGAUAUGCUGUUGGUGGCUCUGCUGCUGUUGGUGGUCUUCUGUUGGUGUUGCCACUGCGUGCUGCUGCUUCUGGCUGGGAUGGUCUUGUUCUUCAUUUGAGAAACUUUAUUAAUUCUCAACCGUUUGCAAUGGUUUUUGUUAGUUCUUCGUCUGAUUCUGAUUGCGUAUCUGAUUCAAGUAGUGAAGCAGAAUUUCGUCCACCUACAAGUCGUGCAAUUAAUACAGUUCGGCGACGAAUUUCACUGCGUUCUUCACCUAGGAAAUGUUCAUCGAUGAAAAAAUCGCGAAUUAGCCUUAGAAACCAAUCACAAAAUUCACCAUUAAAACGGAAGCAAAGUUCAUCACCCUCAAAACUUAUCCAGAAAAAUUCUAUCAAGUCAAAAACGCCCGUCAAAAAUUUGACAAAAUCGCCAUGCAUAAUAAAGGAUGAAAAGAAAUUUAAUUGUACAAACUCAAUAAAGGAGAAUGCUACAAAAGUUCAUUCCAACCUUUUACUAACACCAAAACAAGAACCCAUCAAUAAGUCUGACGAAAAGUCUAUUCAUGAAGCUAACUCUCCAAAGAUCAAGGAAAGUCCAUUAAAAGUUAAAAAAUUAUCGAAGCGUUACUUAAACGAAUUUGAGAAUGGGCAUAUAGAGAAGGCUGGUCAUUGUAAGAAGCGUAAACUGACAUAUUCAAAAGUGUCAUCUUCGGAAUUUGAACACACAAGGAAGAGACGAUCAUCAGCUUUUAAUGACAUUUUUACUACGGAAUCGGAUAAAAAAAUCUCACCUUUAAAAGAACAAAGAAUGGCAUUUUCUCCCCUAUUAAAUGAUUAUUCCAAUCCUUUUGAUGAAGAUGGUAAUGAUGAUGAACAACGAAAUUUAAAUAGAAGCAAAUACAAGCGUCGAAUGCGAGAUUUGGUUGACUUAUACCGAUUUUUAAAUCGUCCAGACAAUUAUGGAUUUUGUCGUAGGCCAGUUUAUCGGCCAUUUCUUCUCAGGAAUUUGUUCUAUAUGCGAAAGCAGCAACCGUGUGAUUUAUUUAUUGAUAAUGAAAGAUCUCUGAUGGAAAAUUCUUAUGAGAAGCAUCAACUCCAAUUAAGAACUGGUUCUCGUGCUUCUGAUAAAAUUCCAACAACAGUUAAAUUUACAUUGAUACGUAAUUACAAUUGUUUUGGCCAUAAAACUGCGCUUGUUCAGUGUUAUCAUGUAACUGAAUUAAAUAACAAAUUUAGUCAGCUAAAACGAAUCCCUUCUGCUAAUUUUGAAAAAGCCGUGAAUGAAAAGAUCAGUUCUUACAUUGAUAUAGACAUGUUAGAGGAGUGUCAAGGUGGCGUUCUUGAAGACAAGAAUUUGCGAGCUGAACAUUUUGUUGUACGCGUAGUUUUUCGGUUGGAGGACGCUGAAAUUGGAGGUCGUCAUCUUAGAAAGAUGGCUUCACGACAAUCAGGCGAAUCAUCAACAAAAUUUCUGCGCAAAAAUAGCUCAAAUGGUACUAGAGAAGUUGUAAUGUUCGGUUCAGUGCGUCUUUUCUCAAAUACUCCAGAACAUGGACUUCGUGUUUUAACAGGCGAAACUAGCAUUUUGUUAAGUACUGCCACUGAACUGGGUUUAGAUGAUUUGAGCACAAAAUCUUCAGCAAAUCAUGUAGCAAGAUUAAUACAUUUAUCUCGUAAUCGUAGUAGCAAAGGAUCUAUACCAUUCAUUCGUAUAAUUGCCUUAAACGAAGAAGAGGAAGAAGCAGAAACUGAAAAGGCAGAGUCUGAAAGGGAGAAGCGAGAAACGCCAAUACCUUCUAUAGGUGAUUCUUAUGCUGAAAGACGUUCUGUAGAUAGGAUGGUAAGCGGAUUACUUAAAAUGGAGAUGGAUGUGGCAGAUUCUACUACUUCACUUCUAACAAAUGAAGAAGGAAGAAAGAGUACAACUUCAGCAAAGAAUCGUCAACUUAUGCAAAAAGGGCUCCUGGAACUUCCCGAAAAGAUUAUCCUCAAGUUUAUGUUAAAUUCAUCCGACUCUUCAUCCUUAUCCUCCAACUCUUUGAUUUCUACUACGCGAAGCCAUCAAAAUACUAGAUCCAGGGAAAUUGGUACGUCAGGAAAUUGCAAUAACUUACGAUGGAAUGUGCCAAAGAUGCAUUUUUCGGACUCUUCAGCAACAGAAGAUCAACAUGGAACUGAAAAUAGUUCUUCUGACGAAAACUCAUUAAUCGGUCCCUCUACUCAUAAUGUCGAUUGCAGCAGCGAUACAACAAAAAUUCAAACAAAGGAUUCAAGUAUACAAUUUGCGUUGCGUGUUCUAUCAGUAUAUUCACCUUGUUUUUUCUGCAAAGCUAAACUUCGUUUAACUAAUUUAUGGACUUUGUAUAAGCACUUUAGAUUUAUGCAUCCGCGAAUUCUAGUCACAAACAAUCUUUCAUUACCCGGUUUUUCCAUAUCGUUGAAUACACACUUUGAUGCAUUAUUCGAAUUAACAUCGCUUCAGGGCAAAAUUAAGCGUGGAUGCUCAUCUAAAAACAAUUCGGUUCGAAAGUGUUCAUCUAAUAGUCGACCUGUUUGGCUAGUUACCAGGGAAUUGGCCAAAAAGAUACGCGUCAAUGAUGAGUUCCCAAUUGAACGUUUUACUGCAAUUGCGCAUGCUCAUUGCAAUGAAUUUGAAUAUCUUCUUAGCAUGGGUCGUUACGUUUUUGAAGUUCCAACAAAAAUUGAUCAACAAUGGCUAAUUCAAAGUGGAUCAAGGAAAUUGGAAGAUAUUACUGAUUUACACCCUGCUGAACGAAUCAUGAUGCAAAUGUGGAAUGCUUUUCUGCCAGGCAUUCACAUUACAAUGCUUGCACGAAAAAUGACUUACAAAGCUGCUCGAGUCUUUGUUGGUUAUCAUUGGCGUCAAAUUGAACAGCUGAAACUAAGAACUCAUUUUCUAUUGUUGCUCUCGACAUUACUGAAUGUAAAUGUAAUUGAUGAGGAAGAACGUUAUGAUCUUUUGAUGCGACUUGAUCCAAAUUAUGUUUUAUUUGAUGACAGCAGACAUUAUGUUACUCAGGAAUUGACAUUAUUAGAAAAGGAGAGAAGGAACAAUCAACGAGCGGGGUCUAUCGAUGAUGAGAGUGAAUAUUAUGAUUCUAAAGAGGAUGUGAGCAAACCGAAGAUUUCUAAAAAAGAGUCAAAAGCAAAUGACAAGGAUAAAAAAUGUUUUAGCAACUAUUAUAUUACCCAGCAAUCGCUGCUACCUUCCUUUGAAUUCAAUAGUUUGAUGGAUCUACGAAAUCGUUAUCCUUUUGCGAGUGGAAAACGUUUGGGAAAUAUCUGGAAAUUUAUUAGGCCGUAUGACUUCAAAGACUUUGCGUUGCAAAUAUCAACGGCAUCAAUCGCAAAGUGUUAAUUGUUAUUCAAACCUCAUUCCCAAACAAAUAUC